AUGAAGUGGAGCGUCCGCGGGGCCUGCGCCGCGCUCUCCGCCUGCCUCCUGCUCGCCUGCGCGCUCAGCGCCGCCGCCGUCGGCCUCAAGUGCCUCUCGCUGGGCGCCGAGCUGCGCGGGGAGCCGUUCCGCCUGGGCGCGGCCGCCGGCGCCUUCUACUCCGGGCUGCUGCUGGCCGCCGGCCUCUCGCUGCUCGGCGCCGCGCUGCUCUGCUACGGGCCCCGGGACGCGCCCCUCGCGGGGCCGGGGGCGCCGGAGCCCGCGCCCUCGGCGCCCGCGGGCCGCCGGAACCUGCUGCUGCUGGGCGCGCUGGUCUUCAUGCUCGGCGUCCUCAGCGCCUUCGCGGGCGCCGUGAUCGACGGCGACGCCGUGGCCCUGGCGGAGCGCAAGUACUCGCACCACUGCGCGCCGGCGCGCGCCCGCGCCGCCCCGGACCGCGCGUCGGCCGCCGAGUGCCGGCGGCUGAAGGACUACCAGCGCGGCCUGGUGCUGUCCACCGUUUUCAACGCGCUCGAGUGCCUGCUGGGCCUGCUCAGCCUCCUGCUGGUCAAGAGCUAUCGCGCGUCGCAGGCCCGGCGCGGCCGGCGCGCCCGGCGGAGGAAGGGCCGGGCCCUGGCGAGGCUCCGCGCGCAGCCGCCGGCUUCCCGGGCGCGGCGGGGCCGGCGCGGCCGGCGGGGGCGGCGGCUGCAGCCACGGCCGAGCGAGGCCUCCAUCCUGGCGGCGGAGGAGUCGGACCUGGCCGGCCCCGGGGACUGCGCGGGCUUCGCGGCGCCGCUCGCCGUAUCCUACAUCACCGUGGGCGCUUUCCCUGCGCGAGACGAUGCGGGCGCGGAGGUGCGCUGCGGGGGGCACCCAUCGGUGGAGCUGCCGGGGUACGCGCCCUCGGACCCAGACCUCAGCGCGCCCUACCCUUACUGCUGCCGGCCGCCCUGCGAGGCGACGCGCCCCUGGGAGCCGGGCCGCGCGUGCUGAGCCCCGCGGCGCGGGGGGUGCCUCUCCGUGGCUGCGUGGCUCGCGCCGGGUGCGGUUGUCACGUCGGCCGUGCGCGGCGGGGUCCGCAGCCCGGGCGGCGCGGAGGACGGAGCCAGCGGCUGCGACGCGGGGACCGAACGUGCGGGAGCGCCCGCGGCGACGCCUUGUACACGGAUGUGCCUGCUUCUGUCCGCACUUAACUACGUGUUUGUGCAGCGGUCGCGGCCGGACGGCGGCGAGCGCCUGCCCCGAGCCGGGGUCUGUGUUCCCGGAGGCCGUCCCCGCACGCGCGCACCGCUCUCGCAGCUGUGCGGGGUGUGUCCCGCGAAGCCGAGCUUACUCUGGGUUCGUACGUGUGAGCAGCCUGGUCCUGUCUGGGAAACCGCACCGUCUGUCCCGCAAACAUGAUUUUCCUGUUGGUUAA